CGAAUCAUUGCUUGGAGAUUCAGGGGCCCUGAUCCAGUUAGCGGAGCAGUCCUCCACCCCAGAACAGGAAGAUGUGCUGCGGGGGACGCUACAGUGUCUAGAAAACAUCUGCAUGAGAACUCCAGGCUAUCAGUACAUGGAAGAGAAAUAUGUGGAAAGAUGUUUUGGGAUAUUCCUUAAAGUCUUACAUACACCUCCCAGUCCUAGUUCUAAUGAAGUGGCCUACUGUAAGACUGUGAUAUCAGCUAUCCGGGGCAUACAGAACAUCCUUCUGGUCACCAAGUCUAUGCCCACCCCUCACUUGGGGCCUCUGCUAGCUGCCCUUAGGGCAUUCAUGUUGCAUGGUAUACUAAGUCAGCCAGUGUCUAUCCCCGCUAGUCUGUACCCAACCUCACUACCACAGAAUGAUCCUGCGCCCAGCAAAGUGGCAGAGCCCAAGGGGAAAGAGGGGUCAAACUCAAAAGAGGACACCACAGGGAAAGGUGAAGGAAAGAAACCACGAAAAAAACGCCCAAACAAAAAAGGGAAAACAAAAGAUGAGGAUGUAUCUGGGGGAGGGUCACAUGGAAAGCCAUCAGCCAGUCAGAGUGAAGGGGCGUGCCCUGAUGGGGAGGGAGUGACUCCACCGUUGAAUCUCACCUGGCCGUUCCUCAGCACGUCAGAGUCAGAGUUCUCAGACACGGAAGGCGGUCAGGUGUCAAAAACCAGGUCUUUACACACUCGUCUACGGCAAUGGACGUUUGGAUGUCUACAUGUUGUUAUCAAGGUUACAGAGAAGAAGCUUCUCUUCAGUUACUGGUCGUCAUUUUUACCUGAUUCACCAAAUACGGGAGGAUCCGGCCCAAGUCAAACCCUCAUCACAUCGGCUUUAAAGGAUCCCUCCCCGAAGUGCCGAAUGGGCGCCCUCUCUGCGCUCACAGCGCUAUUUGACGGGACUAAACCUUACCUGGCAGCAGCAGAGGACAGUGUCCAGCUCUCAUCGGCUUUCACCCCUUACUCUGUGGUGUUAGGCUCCAUGGUAAAGGAGCUUCAUCGCUCUCUGUUACUGUCCCUGGUGGCCGAGAACUUCCCCCUGACCAUUACACAACUCAUCAAGUGUAUCGCUACUCUGGUAGCUAAUGUCUCGUAUCAUCGCUUGAACCCGGGAUUGCUCAGUCGAGUCAUCAAGCAGAUCCGCCAUUUUAUCCAUCACAGAGAUCCUAAUAUCCGCGUGGCCUGUCUUACCUGCCUGGGCUCCAUGGCUGCCCUCCAGCCUCCAUUACUGGAGGUGUGUCACAUCAUCAUCCCUGCCAAACCCCCUGUCACAGGAAGGCCUUACUCCACCCCCGAGCCAGGCGACGCCCACUCAUCCACCUCUGCUGACAGUCAAAGAGACGGGGACUCGGGGUUCCAGAGUGGGGAGGGUAGCGGAAUAGAGAACGGUGUUGGAUCAUUGUCCAUUCAAAACCAAAAGCAGAAUGGGGCAGUGUCUCACUCCGGUGGUAACACGCCAAGAGGUACGUCGGGAACCAUAACACCUGUUUUCUCUGAGCAGAGCCUUCAGGCACACACCAAGGAGACAUCAUGGGUCAUCAAACUGUGUAUCAAGAAUAUUCUCCCUCAGCCAGAUAGAAGUCUAUCAGAGGGAGACAACUCCGUGUUUGUGGAACCAUUACCUGUGAGACUUGAGUCAUUACAGGUACUGGCAAACCUGUGUAAAGGUUACUUUCCCGUUAUCAGAAACAGCCUACCUCUGUUAAAGGAUCUCAUCUACAAAUGUCUGGACGAUUCAGAACCUACAGUCAGACUUCACGGCUCUAAGUUACUGAAUGAACUGGGUAAGGCAAUAUUGAUUGACGUCCAGGGAGAUAACUCUAGCAGUGGCCAGCAGCUACAACUACCACAGGCUCUGGACUUUUGGCUAGGGCUGUUGAAUGGACCACUGCCCGCCCUACUCCAGUGCCAUGCCCACCCUCCGGUCAAGGCCGCUCUCUGUGACUGUCUAGCAGACCUGGGGCCGGACAUCUUUGAAUUGUUACCUGUCCCUAAUCGCAUGUUGUGUGUGACCCUUGCCCUGGGGCUGGUGAAUGAUGAUGACUGUCACGUCAGAGCCGCUUCUGUCAGGUCACUCGGUGUCUACAGCCUCUACGCCGUUCUAAGGGAGGAUGUGUCUUUCAUAGCAGACAGUGCCAAUGCUGUCCUCAACUGUUUGUCAGAUGGUAACCUCAAUGUUAGAGCCAAGGCUGCCUGGUCACUGGGAAACUUGACUGAUGCCCUGGUGUUAAACAAAAAAACGAGUGAAGAUUUUGUGGAGGAUUUCUCAGACAUGUUACUUCUCAAGCUGCUGACGACGGCAGCUAAAGCUACGCAGGACAACGACAAAGUGCGAGCAAGCUCUGUGCGGGCUGUCGGCAACCUCCUGCAUUACCUCCCCUCUCGAUGCCUAGCCAAGAGGGCUUUCACCUCAGCAAUUUCUGAAGCUGUGAGAAAUGUUCUCAAGAACAUCAGCGCUGGAACAAUGAAGGUGCGCUGGAACGCAUGUUACGCCAUAAGAAAUCUCUUCAGGAAUCCGCUGUUACCUCACGGGCAAGCUGAUUGGACGGAGGAGCUUGUGACAGUUCUGUGCACAGUGGUUAAGGAGUGUAAGAACUUCAAAGUGCGAAUCAACGCUGCGCUGGCUCUGGGGACGCCUUCACAGCGCCAACACUACGGGACGACAAGGCAGUUCUGCACGGUGUGGAGAAGCCUGCUGGCAGCACUCGAGACGGCGGAGACAGCGAUGGACUUUGCUGAGUACAAGUACAGAGAUAGUCUCAAUGGCCAGAUCUGUACCACGAUUGUUCACGCUGCUAGUUUGGUGAGUCAGGAUGAUCUAGACUCUCUCUUACCUGUCCUCACUGAGAAAUUAGAGAAGUUAAUACCCCACCUGGACCAGUGGAAGAGCUCAUCUGCUAAUGAGAGUCAAGGUGAUUUGACCUCUGCCCUGCAGACAACCUUGGGCUCCCUGGGAAUGCUCAGUCUGACAACCAGUCAGUCAGCUUGUGUAGAACAACUAGACAUUCUGUCAUCAGUAUUGUCAGAGUCCAGAGACUCAAAAGAAGGCACACAUGAGAAAUCGUCUUUUCUUCAGACCUAUGAUUAACACAGAAAGAAAGAGUAUUUUUACACGAGCUAGUACAAGCAGAAACACUUUGUAAUCUAGUUGUAUUGUUCAACAAGACAAUGUUGGGAUCAGCACACCACCAUACCAGCAUAAUGAGUCUGUACCGAUCAUUGAAUACUCCAUUCCUGCCCUGGGAUCAGUCAUAAAACCCACAGUUUUGGCGUGGGUAACAAUAUAACUCUAAUUCAGAAGUCAUUUGUGUUGUUUUACUGGACAAUUUUUGUAACCAGGUUCUUUUGGCCUAUUGAAUAUUUAAUGAGGAGGGGAAAAAACUAGAUAAGCAAAGUUGUUGUACUUAUGGUCACAUUUAUAAUAUAGGGCCGGCUUUCACAAAACUUUUUUAUAAACUUUGGC